CGCGCCGCCGGCUCUCCGACUGCCGCCGGCUCUGAGCGCGGAGUACCGGCGGCGGCUCCGGCCCGGACGCGAUCGUGCGUGGCGACCAAACAUUUCUCUGAACUCUAAUCUUCAAGAUGAAGUUCCUGCUAGCGGUUUUCUUCUUUGUCUCAUUCUCCUUAUGGGUGGAAGAAGUCUAUUCCAAAGAGAAGUCUUCAAAGAAAGGAAAGGGAAAAAAGAAGCAAUACCUCUGUCCAUCCCAGCAAUCAGCUGAAGACCUUGCAAGAGUACCUGCUAAUUCUACCAGCAAUAUCUUGAAUAGGCUAUUACUCAGCUAUGAUCCCAGGAUAAGACCUAAUUUCAAAGGAAUUCCAGUCGAUGUGGCGGUCAAUAUCUUCAUUAACAGCUUUGGGUCAAUUCAGGAGACAACUAUGGAUUACAGAGUGAACAUCUUCCUAAGACAGAAGUGGAAUGACCCCAGACUCAAACUGCCCAACGACUGGAGGGGUUCAGACACUCUGACAGUGGACCCAACAAUGUUUAAAUGUCUUUGGAAACCAGACUUGUUCUUUGCAAAUGAAAAAAAUGCUAACUUCCAUGAUGUCACUCAAGAAAAUAUCCUUCUGUUUAUAUUUCGGGAUGGAGAUGUCCUAGUCAGCAUGAGAUUGUCUAUUACUCUGUCAUGCCCUUUGGACUUGACCUUAUUUCCUAUGGAUACACAGCGCUGCAAGAUGCAAUUGGAAAGCUUUGGUUACACAACUGAUGACUUACGCUUUAUCUGGCAAUCUGGAGAUCCUGUACAGUUAGAGAAAAUUGCUCUGCCUCAGUUUGAUAUUAAAAAGGAGGAUAUUGAAUAUGGUAACUGUACCAAGUACUACAAAGGCACAGGUUAUUACACUUGUGUAGAAGUAAUCUUCACUUUACGAAGACAAGUUGGAUUUUACAUGAUGGGUGUUUAUGCUCCUACACUGCUAAUUGUUGUUCUGUCCUGGCUAUCAUUUUGGAUCAAUCCUGAUGCAAGUGCUGCAAGAGUCCCACUGGGUAUUUUCUCAGUGCUCAGCUUGGCAUCUGAAUGUACUACUCUUGCUGCUGAACUUCCCAAAGUGUCUUAUGUGAAGGCCUUAGACGUGUGGCUGAUUGUUUGCCUCCUCUUUGGGUUUGCAUCAUUGGUGGAGUAUGCAGUGGUUCAGGUAAUGCUAAACAACCCAAAGAGAAUUGAAGCUGAAAAAGCCAAGAUUGCCAAGGCAGAACAAGCUGAAGGAAAGGGUGGAAACGCUGCCAAGAAGAACACUGUGAAUGGCACAGGGACUCCUGUCCACAUCAGCACUUUACAGGUUGGUGAGACCAGAUGCAAAAAAGUUUGCACUUCGAAAUCUGAUCUGAGAUCCAACGAUUUCAGCAUUGUUGGAAGCUUGCCAAGAGAUUUUGAGUUAUCAAAUUAUGACUGUUAUGGGAAACCCAUUGAAGUCAACAAUGGGCUCGGAAAGUCUCAAGCCAAGAGCAACAAGAAGCCUCCUCCUCCCAAGCCAGUCAUUCCAUCAGCAGCAAAGAGAAUUGAUCUUUACGCGAGAGCACUGUUUCCUUUUUGCUUCUUGUUCUUCAACGUCAUAUAUUGGUCCAUAUAUUUAUGAUGAAUCUUUUAUUUAUUAUUUUCACCUGUAAAAUACAUCCAUUUCAUAUCCCUUCCCUGUCAUGAAGGCCGACGUGUGAAGUGCAUUUGCAAAGCAAUAUGUUGCAUUUUGAUGCCAUGCGAUUGUACUUAAAAUAUGGCAUCUGAGAUUUGAAAGCAUGACACUGCAAUGUCUGUGCUUCUACCAAUGUUGUAUAUAAAUGUACAGCAUACAUCUUGCUUUAGGAACAUAUAAAAGAUAACGCAUACGACAUUAUAAAGCUGAAUAACUCCCUUCAGUUACUAGUAACAUACAGAGAUUUAAAGUGUUUCUGAUAAUGAAACUGAUGUGCACGUUGAGUAUUAUUAAAAUCAGUAUUCUAGUAUAUGUAGUAUUUAAAAGCUUUUCUGCUGACUUUCUGAGAAAAAACACAUCUUGUUAUUGUAUAAUUUUAGAUGGCACUGGUGAAGAAAAAGCUAAGUUGUGAAUCCUGUUACUUAGGCGUCGUAAGUGAAGGCAGGAUUGAAUAAGCUGGUCUUGUCUAUGUGGAAAAAUGAAGGUCAGAUAAUUGCUGAUUUUGUAAUCAAAAUCAGCAGUUUUGUAAAAUUUAGGGGGGAAAAAAAAGCAAUUGCAUCCAUCAAGCAAGCACACUUCAAAAAUGUGUUAGAAUAUGCUUACUGUUAAGCAUUGUGCCCAAUUUUGACUCUUCCUUAGACACAAGCUAGAUGUGUCGAACAGUCGGCUUUCUAGACUGAAGGUAUCUGGAGUUUUGGAGAAACACCACAAGAUGCUGUUCAGUAUCUGUUUCUAUUAUACAUUUUUACAUUGGUCUGUUCUCUGGCUCAUCUUCUCCAGUGUCUUGCAAGCCUACAGCGAAAAGUCACAAUUAAUUUUUUUGUUGAAUCUGAUAUGUCUUACUCAUUUUGCUUUGUUUAUCCUCUUGAAAGCCCAUGGUUUAAAGAAACUAUUUGUUUUCAUGAUGAAAUCCCGUUUUAACUCUAGUUACACAUUUUCUGUUUGCCUUUUGUAGCACAGAUGAUCUGAGCUAACAUCUAGCUAGCUAGAAGUCCAAGGAUCUAAGUCUAUUAAACACACAUGAAUUCUUACGCCUGUGUAUUAAUUGAUGACUGCUCUCCCCAGUUCAUUUACUUGGCUGCUACUUGUUGGAAAAUAAGAUCCUGUGCUUGAAACAGUUUGAUUAGGGGCUGUUCUCCAUUAUUAUUUUUUUUUUUUCCAGAGAAAACCAGAAAAAUGGAUUCCCCAGGGUGCAUAGGGCAGGAAUCUGUACCUAUGGUCUCCAUUGGUGCCACAGUAUACUACUCUGUAAGAGCAAGUAAUGAGGUAAAAUACAUUCAAAUGAAAGCUGCUUGUAUGUAAGUAGUCCAAGUAGUGUAUGUUUCCUGAGAGCACAAAGAGACUACAUCUUCUGCUCUAGACAACAUACUGUAGAGAAACAUGUUUCCAAUUGUAAAACUGGGGCAUAAAAAAAUGUAGUUGAAAUAUGAAAAUAAGACAGUUCUUGAUAGGUUGGCAAAUCAUUAAAGGGAAUAUAGAUUGUUGGAAAGGACAGGAUUAAAUACCCAAAAUAUUCCAUAAGGUAAAAAACCAGGUAAAUUCACAUUUGUCAUGCUGCAGUUCUA